AGCCUCGUCAACGAACACUUGACUUUUUCCUCUGGUGAAGUGGGUUUACUUAAAUUUGCAAGGAAAAGAUGCCUCAGCUACUGAAAAGCAUCAUUGAUAUCAUCCAAGUUUAUGAACAAUAUGCAAAAAGUGAUUGCGAUGGAACAGCACUGACCAAAAAAGCCCUGAAGAAUCUCCUACAGAGAGAGUUUGGAGAUAUUCUCCGGAGACCACAUGACCCCCAGACCGUGGACCUGGUCCUGCAGCUUCUAGAUCGCGAUUGUAAUGGGGCUGUUGAUUUCAACGAGUUUCUCUUACUACUGUUCAAAGUAGCUCAAGCUUGUUAUUACGCGCUUAGCCAGGCCACAGGAAACGAAGAGAAGAGGAGAGUUAAGCUAGAGGAAAAAAGGUCACAAGACAGCCUUGGAGAGGAAAAUCAGAGGAGGCGCGACGCCCGGGAGAGGCAACUCCAAGAGGAAGAAGAGCUGCAGCGAGCGGAGCAGGAACGCGAGAGGCAGCGUAGCGAAGGGCGCCAGCAGCUGGAGAGACGGCGCCAGGAGCGGGAGAGGCAGAGCGUCUCCAAGGAAGAGCAGCUGCAGCGACCAGAGCAAGAAAGGAGACUCCAGGAGCGCGAAAGGCAGCGCUUGGAGGACGAGCAGCUGCAAAGACCCGGGAGGGAAAGACAGAGAGACAGACAGAUCCGGGAAGCAGAGCAGAAAGAGAGGCAGGAGCUAGAACAAGAGCGUCGCCGCGAACAGAGACAGGAGAGCGCAGAAGAAGGCUACAGAAGACAGGAGCAGGAGAGGCAGCAAAGGGAGCGGCAGAGAGAGCGCCAGGAAGAAAGGCGGCAGGAGCGCGCCGUGCAGAACUUGGAGGAAGAGCAUCAGCAGCUGAGACGUCAAGAAGAAAGGCAGGCCCGCGAGCAGGGGGAGAGCCGCGGCCUCCGCCUGCAGUGGCAACUAGAGAGGGAAGUUGAAGGUCGGCAGAACAAACUGUACUCCAAGCCCCGCAGGCAAGUGGAUGGCCAAUUCCUGGAGGAAGAGCCCCGACGCCGACAGCAGAGAGAGGAAGAAAGACAGCGGCGUCAGGAGCAGGAGAGGCAGCUGCGCGAGGAAGAGACAUUGCAGCGUCAGGACCGGUUCGGUCAGCUGCGGGAUGAGGACCUGGACGACCGCUACCAGGAGGAGCAGGAAAGACUAAGCCGCCAAGAGGAGCAGGAAAGACGGCGACAGAUACGCGACCGGCAGCUGCGAGAGGAGGAGCGGCGCCGCGACCUCAAAAUCCAGUGGCUGCCCGAAGAAGAAGCCGAGAGACGCCGUAACCUGCUCUACUCCAAGCCCUCUGAGCAGGGACCUCGGGCGCAACGCGAGAGGCAGCUGAGAGAGGAAGCGGAGCGCGAACUUCAGCAGCGAGAGAGGAGGAGGCUCCAGGAGCAGCGGGAGCAGCUAUAUCGCGAGGAAGAGCGGCUCCAGCAGGAGGAAGAGCAGCUCCGACGGCGCCAGGAGAGAGAGGAUAAACGGCGACGUCAGGAGCGAGAGAGGCAACUGCGCGAGGAAGCGGCAUUGCAGCGUCAGGACAGGUUCGUUCAGCUGAGAGAUGCGGACAUCGAGGACCGCUACCAGGAGGAGCAGCUUCGACGGCAACAGAUACGCGACCGGCAGCUGCGAGAGGAGGAGCGGCGCCAGGACCUCAAAAUCCGCUGGCUGCCCGAAGAAGAAGUCGAGAGACGCAGAAAUCGACUCUACUCUAAGCCUUCUGAGCAGGAACGCGAGCGGGAACGUCGGGAGCAGCUGAGAACAGAACAGCUCCAGGAGGAGGAAGAGCAACUCCAACGCCUGGAACAGGAGGUAGAAAAGAGACGAGAGGAGUUAGAGAAGAGGAGGCGCCAGGAGGAGGAAGAGCAGCUGCAACGCCUGGAACAAGAGGUAGAAAAGAGACGUGAGGAGUUAGAGAAGAGGAGGCGCCAGGAGCAGAGAGAUGGACAGUACCGGGAGGGAGAGAAGCUCCAGGAAGAGGAAGAGCAGCUCCAGCGCCUGGAACAGGAGGUAGAAAAGAGACGAGAGGAGUUAGAGAAGAGGAGGCGCCAGGAGCAGAGAGAUGGACAGUACCGGGAGGGAGAGAAGCUCCAGGAAGAGGAAGAGCAACUCCAGCGCUUAGAACAAGAGGUAGAAAAGAGACGAGAGGAGUUAGAGAAGAGGAGGCGCCAGGAGCAGAGAGAGAGACAGUACCGGGAGGGAGAACAGCUCCAGGAGGAGGAAGAGCAGCUCCAGCGCCUGGAACAGGAGGUAGAAAAGAGACGAGAGGAGUUAGAGAAGAGAAGGCGCCAGGAGGAAGCAGAACAGCUCCAGCGUCUGGAGCAGGAGGUAGAAAAGAGACGUGAGGAGUUAGAGAAGAGGAGGCGCCAGGAGCAGAGAGAUGGACAGUACCAGGAGGGAGAGAAGCUGCAGGAAGAGGAAGAGCAACUCCAGCGCCUGGAACAGGAGGUAGAAAAGAGACGAGAGGAGUUAGAGAAGAGGAGGCGCCAGGAGCAGAGAGAUGGACAGUACCGGGAGGGAGAGAAGCUCCAGGAAGAGGAAGAGCAGCUCCAGCGCUUAGAACAAGAGGUAGAAAAGAGACGAGAGGAGUUAGAGAAGAGGAGGCGCCAGGAGGAAGCAGAACAGCUCCAGCGUCUGGAGCAGGAGGUAGAAAAGAGACGAGAGGAGUUAGAGAAGAGGAGGCGCCAGGAGCAGAGAGAUGGACAGUACCGGGAGGGAGAGAAGCUCCAGGAAGAGGAAGAGCAACUCCAGCGUCUGGAACAGGAGGUAGAAAAAAGGCGUGAGGCAUUGGAGAAGAGGAGGCGCCAAGAGCAGCGGGACAGAAAGUACCGGGAGGAAGAACAGCUGCAGGAGGAGGAAGAGCAGAUCCAGCGCCUGGAACGGGAGGAGAAGAGGAGGCGCCAGGAGCAGCGGGACAGAAAGUACCCGGAGGAAGAACAGCUCCAGGAGGAGGAAGAGCAGCUCCAGCGCCUGGAACAGGAGGUAGAAAAGAGACGAGAGGAGUUGGAGAAGAGGAGGCGCCAGGAGCAGCGGGACAGAAAGUACCGAGAGGAAGAACAGCUCCAAGAGGAGGAAGAGCAGCUCCAGCGCCUGGAACAGGAGGUAGAAAAGAGACGUGAGGAGUUGGAGAAGAGGAGGCGUCCGGAGCAGAGAGACAGAAAGUACCGGGAGGAAGAACAGCUCCAGGAGGAAGAAGAACAGUUCCAGCGCCUGGAAAGGGAGGAGAAGAGGAGGCGCCAGGAGCAGCGGGACAGAAAGUACCGGGAAGAACAGCUCCAAGAGGAGGAAGAGCAGCUCCAGCGCCUGGAACAGGAGGUAGAAAAGAGACGUGAAGCUUUGGAGAAGAGGAGGCGCCAGAGGCGGCGGGACAGACAGUACCGGAAAGAAGAACAGCUCCAGGAGGAGGAAGAAAAGAGACGUGAAGAACGAGCGGGGAAAAGGCUGCGGCUGCAGCAGCGAGACCGGCAAUACCGGGAGGAGGAGGAGUUCCUAAGUCAGGAGAGAGACGGACAAUAUCCCGAGAACGACGAGUUCCAAGAACAGGAGAGUGACCUUCAAUUCCGUGAGGAAGCCCAGAGCCGACGCUUGAAAUGGCAGUGGCAACCCCACAAGGAAAACGAAGCACGGAACAGAAGGCUUUACUCCAAACGUAGGGAGGAUGAACAGAGGGACUGGGAGCAAGAAGAUUCUCAAGUCCGAGACUGGCCCGCAGGUGAUGACGACAAGUAUGGUCGUGGAGAUCUGGACAGACCGUUCAGAUCCGAGAAAUCCCGGCGGGUGCAGGACAGACAGCUCUAUCGGGACGAGCAAGAAGAACAGAGAUACAGGCAAGAACGAGAGGCCGAGAAACAGCGUCGCCAAGAAAGAGGCAGGAUAUCUCAGGAAGAAGAGCAAAGGCUCCGACAAGAAAGAGAGCAAGAAAGGAGACGCCGCCAGGAGCGAGAAGGGAAAUUCUUGGAUGAAGAACCGUUGUACCGAGAGGAACAAGAAGAGUAUGAAGAAGCGAAAAGGCGUCGUCAGAGCAGAGACAGGAAGUUUCGUGAGGAGCAGGAGUUUCGCACGCAGGACCAAGAGAGAAGGGAAAGACUCCAGGCCCGAGACCGACAGCUCCAAGAGGGAGAGGAGAUCUACCUUCAGGAACGAGACAGACAAUACCGUCAGGAACGGCGCUCCCAGGAGUCCCGGGACAGGCAAUUCCGAGAGGAAGAGACCGUGCUCCGUCAGCAACGAGAGGAACAAAGACGCAGACGAGAACAAAAGGAAGAGCAGCUCUUCAGAAAGGAACGAGAGCAAGAACUGAGACAACGUCAAGAACGAGACAGAAAAUUUCGCGAGGAAGAGCAACUCCGUCGCCAGGAACGAGAACAAGAGCUGAGGCGCCGUCAAGAACGAGACGGGGCAUUCCCCAGGGAAGAGCAGCUGAGGGAGGAAGAACUAGAGCAGAAACAGAGACGCAGGCAGGAACGCGACAGCAAAUUCCGAGAGCAAGAGCAAAGCCUCCAGCAAGCGGUAGAAGAGGAGAGGAGACGCCGUCUGGAACAAGAUAGAAAGUUCCGUGAGGAAGAACAGCUUUACAGAGAGGAGCAGGAGCAAAGACGUCGCCAGGAGCCAGCCAGAAGAUUCCGCGAGGAAGAACAGCUCCGCCAGCAGGAAGAAGAGGAAGAACAGAGGCGCCGUCAAGAACGGGAGAAGUCCAGGGACCAGGAACAGUUCCUCAGUCAAGAGCGCGAGAGGAAAUUCCGCGAAGAAGAGCAGUUCCGCAGACAGGAGCUAGAGCAGGAGCAGAGGCGCCAGGAGCGAGAGAGAAAAUUCCGAGAAGAAGAAGAACUCCGGAGACAGGAGCUAGAGCAGGAGCAGAGGCGCCGUCAGGAGCGGGAGAGGAAAUUCCGAGAAGAAGAGCAGUUCGGCAGACAGGAGCUAGAGCAGGAGCAGAGGCGCCAGGAGCGAGAGAGAAAAUUCCGGGAAGAAGAACAACUCCGCAGACAGGAACUAGAGCAGGAGCAGAGGCGCCGUCAGGAGCGGGAGAGGAAAUUCCGAGAAGAAGAGCAGUUCGGCAGACAGGAGCUAGAGCAGGAGCAGAGGCGCCAGGAGCGGGAAAGGAAAUUCCGCGACGAGCAGCAGCGCAGACAGGAGCGAGAAGGUCAGCGGUACCGUCAAGAGUUCGACUCGCAAACGCGGGGCCAGCUCCGAGACAGGCAGUCCAGGGAGGAAGACAAGAGUCGCAGGCAGGCCCAGGAAUUUAGCUCACGUCAAAUUUCUAAACCAAUUGUCCGUUCUAGCCCACUGUAUGAAUAUAUUCAAGAACAAAGGUCCCAAUAUCGUCCGUAGGAAAAGCUAUCAGAGUCCUAUCACUUACCAAAGUUUAGACAACAGGAAAUGGAAAACACCGUGUACCAAGUGAUUGAUCAAGCACAAGUUCUUUUCGGUUAUGGGAAAAAAUCUUUUCUGUCUAAAUAAGUGGGGAGUUUUUCUCCACCAAAAAAAAAAACAAAAACCUUAAGCUACUUUUAUUUCUUUCUUCAGUCUUGUGGUUCUUUACUACAAACUGUCUUUAUUCAUUGAUGCAGAUGUGGUGUUCAUUAAGGAACAAUAGUUUGAUUUAAGGAACUUGAGGGGGGGCACUCGCUGGUUCAUCAAUUGUCAGAGCCAACUCAAGAAUCAAGAUCUUCAGUUCCUCCUUUGAUGACGCAAUUGGGCUUGAAGAGAUGUCAUUUUCCAAAGCAUGUGCAAGUUGAGAUUUUUCUGAAAACAAAUAUAAUUCAGCUUUACCUCAACCCAGAUUCUCUCUUGAGUGGCAGUCACCCCCACUGUAGCCCUAAGGCUUUAUUUUUGCUAUUUCACAAUUAUAUUGUCACAGCCUUUUAAUGAGGAGGCCAUUUUAGACAGUCUACUUGUGAAGGCAGCCCAAAAUUGGAAUAAAUGUUUAAAAUCUGCAAUUAACCUGAACUCUGAUAAUUUAAGAACAAAGAAGAUUUGGAUUUAGGACUGUUCCUCCAAAAUAAAGUUUUAAAAACCCAAGAGACUACAAACAAGCUCAUGAAGAAAAAUCAAAAUGUUUCUUUAAAAGCUCCACAGCUCAAAUUUUUAAAAGAAUAAAUAAAUGUAGAUGUCUAGUAUAGUCUGUAGUACUUAGUUCUUUCCCCUAGUCCUUGAUAGGGUUGUAGAUCUUUACACCUCUGUGAAUUUCAGCUGGAUAUGAAACCAACUCAGAGAAUUUUGAAGAUCUGCCUUAGUGAUUGGUACCUGGAACCUGCCAGAGUUAAUUGGGGGAGUGUGUUAGGAAAGGAGAAUGUGUACUGGAAAAUGUGUGUAUGGCUGUGCAGGUACCCAUAGGCCCUAGGACAAGACCCUUCAACCCAUAACCCUUUGAGGCUAAUUGAUACUAUCUUGGGGACAUUCUUGUUGAAAUGAUUGGACUAUGGAAAUCAAUUAAUAAAUGG